AUGGAAGACACGCCGAUGGACGAGGGCAACCUCGCCCUCGAGACGCCCGCCUCCAACGUCUUCGUCCCGCCCUCCAUCCACCGCGCCGCCACCCUCCGAGGCGAGACCUACACACACUUCUCACCCGUGCCGCCCUCCCUCCGCGCCACCACACCAACAUCUACAUCCAACACCACCGACUCCCAACAACCCGCCGGCGUCCCCUGCGCCCUCGGCGUCGACGAAGCCGGCCGCGGCCCGGUCCUAGGCCCGAUGGUCUACGGCAUAUUCUACCUGCCCUUGCCACUCUCGGACCCUCUCCUCAAGACCACACACCACUUCGACGACAGCAAAGUGCUCAAGCCCGAAGUGCGCUCCAGCCUAAUGCAGACGCUCUGCACCCCAUCCACGGACCUGCACGCCUCCUGCGGGUGGGCCAUAUCCUCACUAUCAGCGCGCGACAUCGGCGCGCAUAUGCUCAAGCCCGCCAACACGGGCUCUUAUAAUUUGAACGCGCAGGCCAUGGACGCCACGAUCGAGCUGAUCAGGGGCGUCUUCGCGCGCGGCGUCAACGUGAAGGAGAUUUAUGUUGACACCAUCGGCCAGCCGGCCGCGUACCAGAAGAGGCUUGAGAGGGUGUUUCCGACGGCCCAGGUCACCGUCGCCAAGAAGGCCGAUAGCCUGUACCCGUGCGUCAGCGCCGCCAGCGUGUGCGCCAAGGUGACGCGCGACGCCGCGCUCGAGGUGCUGUACGAGGCGCGCGCGGCGAGUGGGACGAAGGGGGCUGGUGGUGGAGACGGUGCGGAGGGCGAUGAGGAGGAGGUCGACGAGGAGCAGAGUUGGGGCUCGGGAUACCCGGCUGAUCCCAAGUGUUCGGCGUGGUUAAGAAGAAAUAUGCACCCCGUCUUCGGCUGGGGUCCGGAGUGCAGGUUUAGUUGGGGUACAGCAAAGGACAUGCUCGAGUCCAAGGGCGGCGUCAAGGUCGAAUGGCCCGUCGACGAGGAUGAAAGCAAUAGCCGCCUGACCGACUUCUUCAUGAGUAGUGACAGGGAGCAGGACGCGGAUGAGCUUGGAACCUGGUUUGGUACCCCAGCUGGUCUGGAGGCUUUCUGA